AUGCUCAUGAUCAGCAGCUUUGACGGGCCACAGGUUGUAUAUCCUCGACAAACAACUCCUUUCAGGGCUGGCUAUUCCAGGGGGUCGCUACAAAGUUCAGCCCAACUCCCAGGCUCUUGGCUCCUGGGGCACUCGCUGCCCGGCAAGCCGCAAGCGCGCCGUCGCAAAAGUGUCCCAACGCACGGGUCACCGGGGGUCGUAUGUAGUCUUCCGUCGCCGGCCGGUUCGUCCUUGCAAGAUGCUCAGUAG